AUGCAAAUAUAAAUUCCAAAAGAUGUUGUCAAACUUUAAUAUGAUUUUUAAAAUUUACUUAAUAAAUAUCAUGGAUUAGAAUAAUUGUAUAUCAAGUAAUCAAAUGAAAUUUUGUAAUUAAAGAAAUUAAAUGAAAAUCUAAGAUGUAAUGUUGAAAAUUAUGAAUGUUAAAAAUGCAAAAAGUAUUAAAAUCAAAUAGAACAAAUAAGAGAGGAAACAAAAUAGAAAACAAGUACUAUUGUUAAUUUAGAGAAUUAAUUGAAAGAAUAUUAAUAUAAGAAUGAUGAAUUUUAAGCAAAGUCAUAGAUUGAAUUGCAGAAUAGAAUUACUUACUUUGAAGAUUAAAAUAAAGAAGUAUUAGAAAGAUUAGAUAGAGUAACUAAAGAUAAUUAAUUAUUUGAUAUAUUAUUAAGAGAGAGAGAUUAAAGAAUAGAGUCUCUUAGUGAGAUUAUUGAAUAAUAGGAACUUCAAAUAUAAUAAGAUGCUGAAAAUGAUAAUGCUUGGAAGGAGAAGUUUAUAAAGAUUAAUAAAGAUUAUCAUAAAUUACUCUAAGAAUAUAAUUCUACAAAAGCUGAUUUAGAAGCUUUAUAUGUCAGUUAAAGAAGAUGA